AUGGCUGCUUUGAAAGGUUAUGGCUUGUGUUCUAUGGACUCUGCUCUGCAGUUCCCCUAUCCAAGGCGAUUCCAGAGCUCCAAGAGAAGAAGCUCGAGAUGGGUCUCUCCAAAAGCAGCUGUUGUACCGAAUUUCCAUCUCCCAAUGCGCAGCUUGGAGGUUAAAAACAGGACAAACACAGACGACAUUAAGGCUCUGAGGGUGAUCACAGCUAUCAAAACACCGUACCUGCCUGAUGGAAGAUUCGACCUUGAAGCCUAUGAUGACUUGGUGAACAUUCAGAUACAGAACGGCGCGGAAGGUGUCAUCGUUGGUGGUACGACCGGCGAAGGACAGUUGAUGAGCUGGGAUGAACACAUUAUGCUCAUAGGCCAUACUGUUAACUGUUUUGGUGGAAGCAUCAAAGUCAUUGGAAACACAGGAAGCAACUCUACGAGAGAAGCGAUCCACGCCACUGAACAAGGGUUCGCCGUGGGGAUGCACGCCGCUCUUCACAUUAACCCUUACUAUGGCAAGACUUCUAUCGACGGUCUCAUCGCUCAUUUCCAGUCCGUUCUUCACAUGGGACCGACGAUUAUAUACAACGUGCCGGGUCGAACGGGGCAGGACAUACCGCCUGGUGCCAUCUUUAAACUCUCUCAGAACCCUAACUUGGCAGGUGUGAAGGAGUGUGUUGGGAACAAGCGUGUUGAGGAGUACACUGAUAAUGGGGUUGUCGUGUGGAGUGGGAAUGAUGAUGAGUGUCAUGACUCGAGAUGGGAUUAUGGAGCAACCGGAGUUAUAUCGGUUACUAGUAAUUUGGUUCCGGGUUUGAUGAGGAAGCUGAUGUUUGAAGGUAGGAACUCGUCGUUGAACUCAAAGCUUCUUCCUUUGAUGGAUUGGCUCUUCCACGAGCCGAACCCGAUUGGAGUUAACACUGCUCUGGCUCAGCUUGGAGUGGCGAGGCCGGUUUUUAGGUUGCCGUAUGUUCCGUUGCCACUUUCUAAGAGGCUUGAGUUUGUGAAGAUGGUGAAGGAGAUUGGACGAGAGCAUUUUGUGGGUGAGAGAGAUGUUCAGGCUCUUGAUGACGAUGAUUUUAUCCUUAUCGGUCGAUAUUAG